AUGCUGCCGCCACCUCGCCUUGGCGAUGGGAAAGCCGUGGCACUACUGCCACAGAACUGGCAAGAGGAGCUCGAAGAAUUCCCUCCACGCCGCAAGUACGAGCCCAGCUACGUCGACCUCGCCGCGCCCGAGCGCGUCAAGAUCGAGAUCGCGAUCCUCGAAGUCAAGAUCAGAGAUUUGCAGGGGCGAGAGGAGUACAAGAACAGCAAGUUCCAUAUGAGUCACUGGAAAUGGAGAGCAAGAUUCCUGGAGCCGAGGAGAUGCGGCCCUCUCUCGAUCAUCCUGCAGACCACGUCUAUGCAGACGCUGGAGCAUUGGAAGCACGCAGCGCAACUUGAAGUCGAGAAGGCACGGGAUCUGGAGGAGGAUUUGAGUCGCAGGAAUGCCGAAGAGAGCAUGAGCCGGAAGAAGUUUGAUGCAGAGUAUCGCGAGAUUGAGGGCAUGAAGCAGAUGUGGAAGGACAUUGGGCGCUUGGUGGUUCGGAGAUUGGGAGAGCUGGACAUGUCGAAGAAGAAAUAG